GCAGAGGAACAUCAAAUCUACCCUCGUCGGCUCUUCCCCACUCCCCCAUAAGGCCAUAACUCAAUAUCAUAUCAGAUCGAGUGAUCGACUUUCUUUUUGCCUUCCAUAAUAAAGCAACUCUCACAUCUGAAUCCCUUCCAUUUCUUUUUACAGAAAAUAAGCUUUCAAGUUUCAUAUGUACAACUUCAUCUUACCCUAAUUGCACAACAAGAACUAAUUCAUAAUUCAACCUAACAACAAUUUAAAUUCCCACUGCAACUGAGAAAGAAAUUCCCAGAAAAUAAAAGUACAAUAACAUGAAGGAUGAAGAUUCUCUCCCACUAACAACUUCAAACACAACCUCAUCAACAGCAACAUCCGUUGCUUCAUCAAAUAAGAAAGACACAUCCGAUGUGAGUCUUUUUGGUAAAGGGCGGUACAAAUUCUGGGCAUUGGCAGCCAUUUUAUUGCUAGCUUUCUGGUCCAUGUUCACCGGAACCGUCACUCUCCGGUGGUCCGCCGGUAACCUUAACCGUCUUUCCGACGACCUAGACACUCCUUUGAGGGACGAUCUCGACGUUCUGGAGAUGGAGGAGAGAGAAAAAGUGGUGAAGUAUAUGUGGGAUGUUUACACUAAUAGUCACCGGAUGAGAUUGCCUAGGUUUUGGCAGCAGGCUUUUGAGGCUGCUUAUGAAGAUAUGACUAGUGAUGUACCUGGGGUUCGUGAGGCUGCUAUUAAUGAGAUUGCUAAGAUGUCGAUUCGGUCUAUUGAUCUUGAUCCACCUCCUAUUCAAUUGACGGGCGCUCGAGAACUGAGUCUUAAGCAUGCUGAAAUUAGAAAGACAGCAACUGCAUCUGGGAAUAGUUGACAUUGGACACAUCUAUGCGUCUGAAGCUACUUUACACUUGCUUGGCCAACGAAAGGUUUGCUUGUAAGCUGCCAAUUUCUGCCAGGGCUCACACGAAAUUAUUAGUCAGCUGAUCUUGUUUACGACAGGCACAAUAUGUACUUAGUUGGAAUUUCACUUAUUAAAAGUUUUAGUGUCACUUGCUAUAUAAAUUUCAAAUGAAAGAAACCUCUGUUCCCUUUACAAUGAAAUUUAUUGUAUUGGUGCUAGAGUAUAAGAACAUUUGUAAAAUAAUGAAGUGAAUAUCAUAUCGUAAGAUAAGAAAGUGUUUAUUUCA